UUAAAUAUUCAUGUUUGAUUCUGUACGAAAGUCAGUGUAUAAGAGAGAGAGAGAGAGGAACACUGUUGUGGCUCUCAUUCAACCUGCGAGCGCCCCUCCUUCUGUCUGUCUCCGCACGCACUUCAAAGCUGCACUUCAAAGUGGUGUCGAGACUAGAGUUGCUCUUUCCGCCUGGUGGUGCCACGCGCCUCGCACCAUCGUCGUCACAAUGCCUCGAGGAUUCUUGGUGAAGAGGAAGCGUCGGGGUUCGGCGUCAUAUCGGUCACGAACAAACAGCAUCAAGCCCGAAACAUUUGACUCUGAAAACUCUGAAGCCGUGAGCCCAGUGUUAAGUGUUUUUCCAUUUCAGAAUGCAGAUGAAGAAAUGUCUGUUUCCCGCGAGGACCCUGCCGGUGUCAGGGAGGCGUGGAGCCCGCACGUGGAGUCCGCGUUGGAAGCAGAAGCUGAAAGGAGCGCGCAGUUACCGGAGACCGAAGAGCAGGUGAGCGAAGUGGACGUUUUGAGUCUGGAUGGCGAUUUGUCCUGCUACUACCCUCCUCAGCACGACCCUGCCUUAACAGAGUCCUGCAGUCCGGUUAAACCGGUAGGCACAAGACUUCCAGAGCAGCACGAGGACCGAGAAAAACCGCCGUCGUUCACCGGCAGGUGUCGGACAUCGUCCCCGGUACCGGCCCUGCCGUUCCUGGUGAGUCCGACGCCGACCUCAGUGUCCGCUUCCAUCGAGAGGCUCCUCAACAGCAGCCGCCGCCACGCGCAGUCCUACGGUCACCAUGACAAGUAUGACCCCAACAUGGCUCACGUGCACCUGUUCCCACCUCUGACACUGAUGACCCAGGAACAGCAUCAGGCAGCGAGAAAACGCUCUUUCAUUGAACCGGAUCACCACAAGAAGCAGUCGGGGGGAACCCCGUCCAAGAAACCCAAAGUAAACCGGAAACUGAACUUCGAGGAUGACGUCACCACCUCACCGGUUCUGGGUUUGCGGAUCAAGAAGGAGAGCCCCGAGCUGAGGAGGACGCGGGAGAAGCCGGCUGCACCCGCCGGGGUUCAGCCGCUGGGAGAGUUCAUCUGCCAGCUUUGUAAAGAGGAGUAUCCAGACCCCUUCUCUCUCGCGCAACACAAGUGCUCCCGCAUAGUGCGCGUGGAGUACCGCUGCCCGGAGUGCGACAAAGUCUUCAGCUGUCCCGCCAACUUGGCCUCUCACCGACGCUGGCACAAACCGCGUCCGGUAAAUAACCAGGGAGGAGAGGCUCCCACAAACCGGAGCCAGUUAAAAGAGGCGCGAGCGCUCAUUCAGCACGAGAGGCAGCAGGUGGAGAUGGAGGGCAAAGAGAACGAGCUGCUGCGCACGAACGCUAAUCAGCACCACGGAACGCUGGACAGCUCCCGCAUCAGGCGCGAGCCAUCGCUGCUGCUUCUUCACCCUCGGUCUCGGGACAGCCCCGACAGCAACAGCCUCGCGCGUCCUCACUAUGACCAAUCAGCUCAUUACCGGAGCCCGGUUGAAAGCUGCGGGGACCUGCAGCAGCAUGUGAGAGCUGCGGACAGCCCUCCAUCCAGCCUCCUCCUUCUAACCGGUAACCCCGACGAGCGCGCAGAGCUUCAGCAACAGCAGCCGCCAUCACUCACGCGCCCCCCUUUACCGUUCAUCCAGUCGUUACCGGAGGAGGAAGUGUAUGAAUGUCGGUACUGCGGGAAAAAGUUCCGCCGACAGGCUUACUUGAAAAAACACCUAGCUGCACACGAAAUAAGCACGCGGGCCUCUCCGCCCCCGUCAUCUUACAGCCAAGCACGUGAGACCAGCGGCAGCCAGAGUCAGGUGUUCUUGUGCCACCUGUGCGGCGCGCGCUUCCCGUCGGUUGAAAUUAGGGACAAGCAUCGUCUGUGGCACGCGAUGAGAGACGAGCUGUUGGUGGAGACUCUGGGAGGAGGACGCAGAGCGGACGUUUUCCACGCGCACAGAGAAGAAGGAAGCGUCGUAGACUGCGAGCAGCAACAGAUCUUCACGUGCAAGUACUGUCCCUCCACAUUCUUCAGCUCUCCGGGCCUCACAAGACACAUCAACAAGUCUCAUCCCACCGAGAACCGGCAGGUGAUGCUGAUGCAGAUGACUGUGCGACCAUAAAGCGCGCAAGAAAUGCAAACAUUUUUGCUUUUAAAUCAUUCCAACCAUCUGGGAAAACGGUGUGUGGUUGUUGAAGUGUACAUUUUUAAGUCAACUUUUUUUGGUGUGUAUUAUUGGCUUACAACUGAGUCGCUGCGCCUUUGAUUGGAAGAUUUACAUUGUUCAGGAAACUAAAACAAAAUGUUGCUUACUUGCGCUUUUCAAUAUGAAUCUGGAACUGUCCGUGGUGCUGAAUCUUAAUUAUACAAAUCACAUCAUACACUGAAUUAUAGUCGCUGUUCAUGGUAAUUAAACAAUGACAAAGAA